GUGCACACGUGGAACUCACCUUUACAUAGAGCUCCUGUUUUCAGUCAUUUCAGAAGAAUAUGUUGUUGCAGAUGCUAUCGGUCAUAUUGGUGUAUUUCUUUACAUCUUUUAUUUUCCAAACCAAACCGAAAGCGAAUGUCUGCUGUAAGUUAUCUGUCCAGGUUUGUGUUUUAACAGGGAGAAUAUUCAUUUUAACAGAAGAACACUGCUUUAAGCCUAGUACACUGUGUGAAUGUUGUGUGCAUUUGUCACUUGACAUAAUUUAUGCCGUAUAUGAAAGAUUUGGAAGACUUUCUGAUUUUAAAUUGGUGGUGAACAAACUUCUUUUAUUAAUCGAGUACAGUGUGGGAAUUUAAGUGGGAGCAUGUUCAGUUUAAUUACUGUCACACUGUCUCUACAACUGUGAUGCAGCUAAAGUCGGAGGCAGAGACCUUACUCUAAAAAUUAUGUUGCCUGAGCUGUCAGAGAAUAUUCUGUCACCUUUUUAUGAGCACAUAUUAUGAAAACACAUCAGAUUCGCACUACAUGAUUUUUAACGCCGCAUAAAUGUACCACAAUAUGUCAGCCUCAUUCACCGUCCUGCCCCUGCACGUCCUCCGAGUUUUUUUUUUUUAGUCAGCUUUUUCCCUAAAGUUUCAUAGACUUUUUUUUUUCUCCCCUUUGAUUGUAGUUUUAAAGAGAGGAUUUUCACUUAAAACCCAACACAAACUAUAUGGAUGGGGAAAAUUGUAGCUUUUUAGGCUAAAAUCGUAGAGGGCUUCCUUGGCGUCAGGUUCCGUAUGAUAUUGUUUGAACACUUUCAGAACUUUGUUUUAUUUUUGCUUAUUUCUACUUUUUGGCUUUGAUUUUUUUAUUAGUGAUUUAUCAACACAUGUAUUUAAUCUACAAUGACUUGAAAUAUUUAUUUCUGUUGGAUUCAUGCUUCUUCUUCUUUUUUUUUUUUUAUGACCAGUAAUAUUUUCCCUUGUGGUAACGAGUCCUGAAUCGCUACUAAGAUAUGCAUUCUUCCAGACGAGCUUUGACAGAGUCUAUGACGGAUUCUGCUGUUUUGUCUGGCUCCUCUGAGUGGGAGUUUGAUCAUACUGAUGAUAUUGUGCAAUUCUUGUGAGAACUUAUGCAGGAGAGUCCAGUAUGUAUAGUAUAGUUGUUAACAUUUCUGUCUGGAAUGGUUUUAAAUGAAAGAAUAAAUUUACACUUCUCACAACUGAUGUAAUUCAUGUGUCGCACAUAAAAAAAACACCUAAUAAUGACCCUUAUGUCCCCUCAUAAUUCAGCUUUGACUUGCUGUAUGUAAAUCAAGUACAGUAGUCUAUUUAAAAGAAGCAAAAAUGUUUAUUUGAACUGUUGUUGAGGUAAACUAAAUGCCUAGAUUCUUUAAGACUCCAUAUUUGUCAUGCAGUAAAAUACCAACAUUUACUAUGCCUUGUAAAAGUGAAGUAUUUCCAUUUCACUUCAAGCCCCACAAACAAGUGCAUUUUAUGCAAUAGACCAACACAAAGUACUACAUAAAUUAAAUGACCAAGAAAUGAAACAUGGUUUGCACUUCUUCUUUUUUUUACUAAUAAAAAUCUAAAAAGUGCUUAUUUUUAAUUACUUCAGUCCCUCUUGGUCAAUAAUGUGCACAUCUGCUAGAACUACAUGGAAUUAUAUUCAUUAUACCUUGAAGCCAUGACUGAAUGUUUAAGGACUGAAGUCUUGCUGAACAGUGAACAGUCUGCUUCAACCAUAUUCUCAUCAGCUACGAUCAGCCUCCCUGUUUCCGCUGCAGAAAAUAAUCAGAAUCCCCACAGCAUAAUGCUGCCACCACCAUGCUACACCAUGACUGGGGUCAGUCAAUGGUUGGUUUUCUUCUACACGUAGAGCUUUGCAUGUUUGAUGAAGUGAGUACGAACAAAAAUAAGCACGCCAUUUUAAUAGCUUUGGCGUCACAACGUAGGAUAAUUUGCAAGACUGAUGCAACAAAUUGCUAAAAAAUAAAGUAAUACUAAAUAAAAUACAAAUUAGCAUGUUAUUUGAAAGUUAUAUCAUAGUAACAUAAGAAAUACGAAGUGAGCUGCUGUGUCUCAAGAAUUAAUGUAUCAAUAGUUGCACUGGUAAUAAUAUUAGGAAUUUAUUAUAAGUCUCGAAAAAUAAAAAGUGUGCCUUUGACCUUUCUAAGUUUUUUUUUUUUACAAAUUUUUAUCUGCUAUUCAGGCGCCAUAUAAUGUCUUCAAACCUCGCGAGAGCAUUCUAGACUUCCCUCACCAUGGCAACCAACAUCAACACGCACCAGGCUGCUUCGUCUUAGUCGAUUUUUCAACGCGAGUUGAAGUUUUGUAUUUUCUCAGCUAGCUAGCGAGCUGUAAGUGUUUAUCCUCACCAUGAACCGGGAUUACUACGAGACUCUUGAGCUAAACAGAAACGCAACAGAUGCAGAUAUCAAAAAGGCAUACCGACGUCUUGCGUUGAAGUUUCAUCCGUGUAAAAACAAAGAACUUGGAAGUAAGCUGAUAUUCCACGAGCUGGGUGAAGCCUACGAUGUUCUCAGUGACCCAAGAAAAAAGGCAACUUAUGACAAAUUCGGUGACGAGGGACUCAAAGGUGGCAUCCCUGUAGAGUUUACCAGUGGUGGAACUUGGUCCUCCAAAUAUACCUACCAUGGCAAUCCUGACAAAACCUUCAGACAGUUCUUUGGAGGUGACAACCCAUUUGCAGAUUUUCACACCAUAGAAUCAGCUCUUCAGUUCAGCUCCCUGGUGGUAGGAGUCGAGAAAACACAAGAUUCUCCAAUAGAAAGAGAUCUCCCUUUGUCCCUGGAUGAUCUCUUCCACGGAUGCAUAAAGAAGAUUAAGAUUUCUCGCAGGGUUAUGAAUGAGGAUGAACAAACUUCCAGUAUCAAGGAAAAGAUUCUGACUAUCGAAGUAAAACCUGGAUGGACGGAAGGCACCAGAAUCGUUUUCACCAAAGAGGGAGAUCAGGGACCAAACUGCAUCCCUGCAGACAUUGUGUUCAUAGUGCGGGAGAAGCCUCAUCAUUCGUUUACAAGACAGCUCAGUGACCUCAUCUACAAGGCCAAGAUCUCUCUGGAGAUGGUGGGUCAUGUCUGUGUUUUAUUGUCUGCCAUAUUUGUGUCCUUUUCUUCCAAGUUUUUCUUUCCUUCCUUCAAAUAUGAAAAUAUCUGUCAGAAAAUUCAGUUUUUUUAUUUGUCUACAAAGGAUUUGGUGAUGUAGUGCGAUAAUCAGAAGAAGCUCUACAGCUGCAAACUUAACAUAUUCCCCUCUCAACAGGCCCUGACUGGCUUCUCUGUGAAUGUGGAGACACUAGAUGGCAAGCUGCUCACCAUUCCUGUCAAUGACAUUGUGCAGUAAGUG